AUGGCAUCCCACCCAUAUCCGACAUUUCCUGAUUUCCCGCCGAAGCACAUCCGGCACUGCAUCUAUUUUGAAUUCUGCAACGGAAGUAACCCGAAGAAGACGGCUCAGAAGAUUAAUGAUGUUUAUGGGGAGGGCGCUACUGAUGUUGAGACAUGCGCCGAAUGGUUCCACCGGUUCCGCUCCGGCGACACCAGCAUGGAGGAGAUCGGUUCCUCAAUGCUUUCUGCUCGUCCGGUCCAAGAGUCCAUUGAAGAGAAGUUGAAGGCGGUCGACAGCGAAAGUCGAAUCUCGUCGCGGAAAAUGGCUGAGCAAUUGGGCGUCCCCCACCAAACCGUCCUCAAAAACCUGAAGGUCAUCGGCCAGAAGGCCAAGCGCGGCCAAUGGAGCCCGGAGGCGAACAAGCGCAAGUCGAACAUUUCCCAGAACCGGCGAUUCUCCGCUCAUAAA